AUGGACAAGGAAAAGGACGCCCAUGCCGGGCCAGGCCCGCUCGUCGUCGGCGACAAUGCGAGCUCGGCCAGUGAUGACGGCCACUCGGGCUCCGAAAAGACAAAAGUCCACCAGUUCAACGAGCAGACAAACUAUGUGCCCAAGCGGACCAUCAUCACCAUCUUCCUCGCCUGCGCAAGCGUCGAUCUACUGGCCCUCAUGGAUCAGACAACUCUCGCCGCCAGCUUGUACAUUAUCGGAAACUCGCUGGGCUCCUCGGACCAAGUCUCUUGGAUAGCCAGCGGAUACUUCAUCACCUCGACCGUCGGCCAGCUUCUGUACGGCCGCCUGUCCGACAUUUGGUCGCGGAAGCUCAUCCUUCUCGUCGGCCUUGCCAUCUUCUUCUUUGGCUCCCUGGCCUCGUCCCUCUCCCAGUCGGUCCUGCAGCUCACCGUCUUCCGCGCCUUCACUGGCAUCGGCGGCGGUGGCUUGAUGACCGUGGCCCAGCUCAUUGUCAGCGAUGUUGUUCCCCUGCGAGAGCGCGGCAAGUACCAGGGCAUUCUGGGAGCAGUUGUCGCCAUUGCCAACGGAAUCGGGCCCGUCAUCGGCGGCGCCCUGUCCUCCCAAUCUGCCGAGUCGUGGCGCUGGAUCUUCCGCCUGAACCUUCCGCUGACCGUCCUGACAACCGGCUGUGCCGUUUUCUUCAUGCCGCUGAAGAAGGUACAGGGCGAUUGGAAAAUGAAGCUCAAGGCCGUCGACUUUGUCGGCAUCUUCCUCGCCUUUGCGGGAAUGACGGUUGUCAUCCUGGGCCUGACAUGGGGAGGCCGAGAGUAUGAUUGGAACUCGGCUCACGUCAUUGCCACACUGGUCGUCGGAUCAGUCGUUUCCGUUGCCUUUGUGGUGUGGCAGUGGAAGGGACCGAAAUACCCUCUGGUGCCCCUGCACAUCUUCAAGUCCAAGAUCGUCAACGGCGCAUGCUUGACUAUGGCCAUCAACGGAUGGAACUUUGUCAUGCAGGUCUACUACGUCCCGACCUUCUACCAGCUCGUGUACGGAUACUCGGCCACCAAGUCGGGGGCCCUGCUUCUGCCAAUCACCAUUGUACAGACUGUCAGCAGUACUCUCUCGGGCCUCAUCGUCCAUUGGGUCGGCCGCUACCGCGAGUGCAUUCUCUUCGGAUGGGUGUGCUGGGCCGUUGGCCUGGGGCUGAUGUCGACGCUUGACGAAUCCACCGGCAUCGACAAGCAGAUUGGCUACUCCAUCCUCAUUGGAAUAGGUGUCGGAAACACGUUGCAGCCAGCCUUGAUUGCAACCCAGGCGGGCGUAGAGCGGCGCGACAUGGCGGUUGUCACGUCCUUCCGCAAUUUUGUCCGAAACCUCGGCUCCACGCUUGGCCUGGCCGUCUCCGGAGCCAUCUUAAACAAUAUACUUGCCAGCGACUUGUCAUCCCUCGCGCUGGACCAGGCGAGUACCAAGACCUUAUUGGGCGAUCCGCAGAGGUUUCUCACCACAGUCUCUCCAGAGGAGGCUGAACGCAUCAGAAGCAUCCUUAUCCCAGCCUAUCGGCAAGGCUUCCGCGUCAUCUUCCUCGUCGGCGCGUCACUGGCGGUUCUGGCAUUUUUUCUCGCACUGCUCCUCAUGCCGCAAGUUGAGCUCACAAGACCCGACGAUGCGAAGCUCAAGGAAGAAGGCCGCAGGGCGCAAGAGGAACAGAAAAAGAAGAGCUCGGCUUAG